AUGAAAAAUGAUUGUUAAAAAGCUAAUAAUAAUCUUAUGUCAAAUAUUGGAAGAAAGAUAAAAAAACUGUAAUUUAUUUUAUUAGAUAAAAGAAUAGGAUAAUUUAGUUUUAUAUUUAAAAAAAAAGUUAAGGAUUAUUUAAUUGUAUUGAUCAUCAAAAAACAAGUCUUGAGUGUAUUUAUAAUGAAGAUAGAGAACAACAGUGAAUAUUUAUUGAAUAUAUAUUAUUUAUUAUUUUGUAUGAAUCAAUUCUAAAAAGUAUUCAAAGAUUUUUGGAUAAUGAUAAUGAUUACACUUUUGAUAAUGUUUUAAAGUAUAUUUGGAGAAGGAUCUUUAAUUAUAACAAUUCUUAUUGUUGGAGUUUAGAUAUUGAAUGUAAUGUUGAGUUUUAUUUCCAAAACAAAGAAAUAUACAAUACAAUUUGAAAUGCUUUAGUAAUGGAUAUUACUUUUUGGAUUAUACAUGAGUUCAAAAUUUGAUACAAUGCUAAUAUUGGCAUUGUGUUGUUUAAAAGAGUUCUUUUUUUGUAAAAUAAAUGCUGAGUUGCCUUUACCUAAUAAACUAUAAAUAAUUUACUUAGUUGUUUCUGAUCUUAUCCUAUUUACUAUAAUCUUAUUAGAAGACAAUAAUUAAGUAUAUUUAUCAAUUACAGCUAUAAUGGUUCAUUGGCUAAUUUUAUUUCAUAUUUCUAAAUCAAAAAUAAUUAGAAAAAAUAUCGAUAGUUCUACAUAGCAAGAAAUACAUGAUAAAAUAAUAAUUGAUAGUGCUGGAAAUACUUAGAAUCAUUCACGUUUAAAAGUAUAAGAAAAGGGAAGUAAUCAUGAAAGUCCAAGACAUGAUAAAGACAAUAAGUUAGAAAUUUUGAGCAUAUUUCCUUAAGGAAUAGGGUUAAUAAAGAUUUAUGAAAAGAAGAUAGAAUUGGAAUAUCAUAAUGAAAAUUUAUUAAAAUUAUCAAUGGCAAAAUAAUCAGAUUAGAUUUUAACAUCUUUAUUUUGUUUAGAAUAAUAAUAGGUUUAAUAAGAUUAAGAAAAGUAAUAAUAUGAUUAUAAAAAUUCAAUGAGUUCAUUUUCUACUUUUAAAUAAACUCCAAUUCCUUGUAAUUUAAUUAAUAAAGCUUCUAGAAAUGAUAAGAGAUCUUUAACUAAUAAGAUGUAAACCUCUUAAAAAUUAGAAUUAUUUAGAUAAAAUUCAGUUCUAAAUAAUUUAGAAUACAAAGGUGUAAUAUCAAAGAAAUGUGAUACAUUGGAGGAAUCGGUAAUGUUAAUUAAUAAUUUAGAUAUUGGAAUAGGAAUUAAUAUAUAUUUCAUCUUAAAUGAGAAAAGUCGAUUUUUAAAAUUAAAUGAAAUAUUAAAAUCAAUUAAUUUAAGAGCAUAUAGUAAUUUUGGGUUAUUAAAAAGGAUUAGAUGGUAAAAAGAAUAGAACAAUAGAAGUAAAAUUGUAUAACGCAUUAAUUAUUGAUGUUCCUUAUAUUUUAAUGCUUACUCGAGAUAUAACUCAUAGAGAUUAUAUAUCAUAAUUACGUGAUUAUAGUAAAUAGAAAUCAAAGACCUUAUCAUUUGUAAGUCAUGAAUAUAGAACACCAUUGAAUUGUAUAAUUGAUAUGUUAGAAUAAGGAAUAGAUUAAGAUUAGAAAUAUUCAUCAUAAACAAUGAUAAUGGAGAAGGAUGUUCGUAGAUCAACUAAAACUAAUAUUCCUAUUAAAAUGUCAAAAUAAAUCAAAAUAGCAUUAGAUCAUGCAAAAUAUUUAUAAAAUUUAAGUGAUGAUUUAUUAGAUUUGGCAUAAAUUAAAGUAGGAAAAUUUAAAAUCAAUAAAGCUAAAUUUAAUUUUAAUUAAUUAUUGGAAACUUGUGUAGAUUUAUUUCAAGUUAUGGCAGAUAAAAAAUAAAUUAUACUUUAUAUUAAUUAUGAAAAUAAAGCUCCACGAUAUAUUUAUUCUGAUCCUAGUAGAUUAAAAUAAAUCAUGAUAAAUUUAUUAGGAAAUGCAUUUAAAUUCACUGAUGAAGGAUCAGUAACAAUUAAAGUGACUUAAAUUAAUUUAAGAUUAGAAGUAUCAGUUAUUGAUACUGGAAUUGGAAUGACUGAAGAAGAUUAAUUAAAAAUAUUUUAAGCAUUUGGAAAAGGCAAUAGUGAGGAACAUAAAAAAAUGAAUAAAUCAGGUGUAGGAUUAGGACUAUUAAUUAGUAAUCAAAUUCUGUAGAAUUUAAAUUAAGAUGUAUAAAACGGAUUAAAAUUUAAAUCUUAAUAUAAAAAAGGUAUAAUAGUUAAUAUGAUUGAAAUUAGGUUCAACAUUUUAUUUUUAGAUUCAAUAUUAAGAUAUAAAUGAGAUAAGAUCAUUAAAUAGUAUGGAAGAAAGAAAUUAAGAUAGUGAAGAAUCUAUUAUAAUGUAAUAAUAAUAAGAAGAAUCUAUUCAUUAAGUUUAUGUUAAUAAUUAGGCUUCCAUUUUUAAAAGAUCAACAAAAGCAAUAGAAACCACAUAAAUUUUAAUAGUUGAUGACGUAUGUUUGAAUAUUGAUAUGUUAAAAAGGAGAUUAUUAUAACUGUAAGAUAUAUUUAUAAUAAAUAGUGGAUAGGAUUAAGUUGAUUCUGCUACUAAUGGAUAUUUGGCUAUAGAAAAAUGUUAAAAGAAAUGGUAAGCAAAUGAAGAUUAUUAUAAAUUAAUCUUUAUGGAUUUGGAAAUGCCAACAAUAAAUGGAAUUUAGACAACUAAAAAGAUUUUAGAAUUAUCACUAAAAUUUGGAAUUGAUGUUAGAAUAAUUGGAUGUUCUGCAUAUGAAAGUUCAGACUAAAAAUUAGAAUGUCUUAAUGCUGGAAUGAAGGAUUAUUUAACCAAACCUAUUCAAUUAUAAGAUCUCAAAAGAAUUGUGUAAUAGUAUUUAUGA